CGCCCGGCUGGUGCGUGCGAGAGAGAAGAUGGCGGCGGCGGGGGCAGCAGCGUGAGGCGCCCGGGAGACGCCGAGCUCCCUACGGACGCGGGGCGCCAUGGCUGUGAACAGCGCUCAGUAUAUUUUUGGGGAGUUCAGCCCUGAUGAAUUUAAUCAGUUUUUUGUGACUCCACGAUGCUCUGUUGAGCUCCCCCCAUACAAUGAUACAGUUUCAUGUGGUAUUAAGUCCACAGGGGAAGAGUAUCAGAGAAUUGAAUUUGGUGUUAAUGAAGUUAUUGAGACACAGCCAUCUGUACUAAAUAGCACCGACUACAGUAUUUCAAGUACUCUGAAUCCUCAGGCUCCAGAAUUCAUCCUCAGCUGUGCACCUGCUCAGAAAACCCCCAAUGAUACUCUCAGUGAAACAAACUACAACUCCAUUGACUGCCAGUUCACCGAUCCGACCCUCUCUUUGGACAGCAGUUCUAAUGCUGAACACGAUGGUUUGUCUGGAGGCCUUGGACAAAGGGAGCGGAAAAAGAAGAAAAAAAGGCCCCCUGGAUACUACAGUUACUUGGAAGAUGUCAGCGACGGCAUUGCUCCCACAGAAGCUCUUGUAAACGGCCACGCAAAUUCAUCAGGACUAAACAGCAUAAGCACGGAGGACACAGAACUGACAGGAGACUUACCCUCCCUGGCCACACCAAGGACUUGCAACAGCCCGGACAACUCUGUGGACUUCGUUAAUGAAGCUGUCUCUGAUGAUUCUGUUUCUAGCGCACUAGACAAUACCAGGACUGCAGGGCAGCCUGAGGUAUGCCGUGUUACUAAUUCUGAACAGUUUUGCAUCCCCUCAGAGACUGGCAGAGAUAGCCCUUUAAGGACAGCUGUUGUACAGUCUUAUGCUGGUACUGAUACUACUGAAAAUGUUGGCGUUACUAAUGGACAAACACUUGAAUCCUCUGGUGAGGACACAGCUGCCAAUGGGGUAGAAUUGCACACUGUGGAAAGCACUGACUCAGACCAAGCUAAGCCUGAGGAAGCUUCACCUACUACUGAGGCAACAGUCCCGGCUGCAGGAUCAGUCCCUGUUAAUCAGCCUGCAAAAUCGUGGGCUAGUCUUUUUCACAAUUCCAAGCCCUCUGCUUCCACAUCUGUGGUCUAUGUUGAGACUAAGUAUACCCCUCCUGCCACAUCUACUCUUGUCCCUGAAAAACAGGUUGAAGUCAAAGAGGGACCUGUUCCAGUUUCAGAGGAUCCUGUAGCCAUAAAGAUUGCAGAAAUACUGGAAAAUGUAAGGCUAAUACAUAAACCAGUGUCUUUGCAACCACGAGGGCUGAUCAACAAAGGAAACUGGUGCUACAUCAAUGCUACUCUGCAAGCUUUGGUUGCUUGCCCUCCAAUGUAUCAUUUAAUGAAGUCCAUUCCAAUGUAUUCAAAAUCGCAGCGGCCGUGUACCUCAACACCAAUGAUAGACAGUUUUGUUCGUUUAAUGAACGAAUUCACUAAUAUGCCUGUACCUCCUAAAGCAAAACAAGCUUUAGGUGAUAAAAUUGUGAGAGACAUCCGACCAGGAGCUGCCUUUGAACCUACAUAUAUCUAUAGACUUUUGACAGUUAUAAAGUCAAGUCUGUCAGAGAAGGGCAGACAAGAGGAUGCUGAAGAAUACUUGGGAUUUAUCCUCAAUGGACUACAUGAAGAAAUGCUGACCUUAAAGAAACUUCUCUCUCCACAUAAUGAAAAACUCUCUGUUUCCAAUGGCCCUGAGGCUCAGACUGUUCAUGAAGAAGAGGAGCAAGAUGAACAAGGGGAAGGCAGUGAGGAUGAAUGGGAGCAAGUGGGACCUCGCAACAAAUCAUCAGUCACUCGACAGGCUGACUUUGUUCAGACUCCAAUUACUGAUAUUUUUGGUGGUCAUAUAAGAUCUGUUGUUUACCAACAGAGUUCCAAGGAGUCUGCCACACUGCAACCGUUCUUCACCCUGCAACUGGAUAUCCAGUCAGACAAGAUACGCACAGUUCAGGAUGCGUUGGAAAGUUUGGUGGCAAGAGAGUCUGUCCAGGGUUAUACCACAAAAACCAAACAAGAGGUGGAGAUCAGUCGAAGAGUGACACUAGAAGAACUCCCCCCUGUUCUUGUUUUACAUCUCAAGCGGUUUGUAUAUGAGAAGACUGGUGGAUGUCAGAAGCUUGUCAAGAAUAUUGAGUAUUUUGUUGAUCUGGAAAUUAGUAAAGAGCUACUGUCUCCUGGUGUGAAAAGUAAAAUUUAUAAAGGCCAAAGAACCUACCGGCUCUUUGCAGUUGUCUAUCAUCACGGAAACAGCGCAACUGGUGGCCAUUACACUACGGACGUCUUCCAAAUCGGUCUGAACGGCUGGUUACGUAUCGAUGACCAGGCAGUGAAGGUGAUCAGCCAGAGCCAGGUGGUGACACAGUCUGCAGAACGCACAGCCUACCUCCUGUACUACCGCCGGGUUGACCUGCUGUGAAACCUUGCCCUCUUAUGCUGUGUGUGCAAGAUACCUGCUUUGUAGAACACCAACUAUCACUAACUUCUCUCUUUUUUUUUCUCUCCUGUAAAUGCUCUUUGGAGUGAAUUUUCUUUUCUUUGCCCCCCCCACCCUUUUCUCCCCCUUCUUUCUUCUAUUUUUGUUUGUUGUUUUUAUUUCCCUCCUUGCAACUAUGGGAUAGAGUGAUAAAAGGAAAAAUGCCUUGAGUUUGUGCACAACGUAGUUUGUGUUGACUUUUGACUUUGCAGAAUGAAGUCACUUGCUCGAAAGACUCGGGUCUCGUGAAUUAUGAAAGUACAAGCAAACAAAUAAAUACAAACCUGAAUUAAUGCUGAAUCCUAAGAGCAUAAAAGUGGAUUUGCAUUUGAUUCCCACUUUCUAAUUGCAUAGUAGAAGAAAACCCUGCACCAGCAACAGAACUUGUAGAUUUCUGUGAAAAUGUUUUAUCUUUACUUAACUAAAAAGAAAA